AUGGCAGUAAGUCUCCAGAAUGAGAGAGAUUUAGACAAAGCGCAGGAAGUUGCACAAGCCAGCAAAGAGACUAUGCCAGCCACUCCAAUUCCAGUAGAGGUAAAUGAACCAACAGACCUUACUGAAGUGGUGGUUGAACAAGGUCAAGAUGAAAAAGGUAAGGCUAAGGUAAAUGAACAAGCUGCAGAACAGGUGGUGCCUCUUGUGCCACAAAACCCCAACAGAGAGAAGCCAGCAAGCAGUGCACAAAGGGUGAUACCGGCACCGUUCCCUCAUAGACUGGUAAAACAAAAGAAGGAAGAUCAAUACAAGAAAUUCAUGGAGAUGCUGCGUCAAAUUCAGUUGAAUAUUCCUUUGAUGGAUGCCUUGAGGGAGAUGCCAGUAGUGAUAAGACCGAUGGCCCAAAAUAUGUCCGACCCAAGUAACUUCACUAUUUCAUGCACGAUUGGGAGUUAUGCCUUUGCAAAGGUAUUAUGUGAUUUGGGAGCCAGCAUAAAUUUGAUGCCUCUGGUUGUAUACACCAAACUGGGCAUUGGCAGAGCUAGACGGAUUUCAAUGUUACUGCAGCUGGCUGACGGCACGGUUAAAAGGCCAACUGGGAUUCCUGAUGAUGUGUUGGUAGAUGAAGAGAUACCUAUCAUUUUAGGUAGGCCAUUUUUGGCCACUGGGAGAGCACUGAUCAAUUGUGAGACUGGGGAAUUAAAAAUGAGAUUGAACGAUGAAGAAGUCAUAUUCAAUGUUCAGCAAUCCAUGAGGAGACCUAGUGAAUAUGCUAAUUACUCCCUAGUGGAGGCAGUGGAUGCGAUCCUGCAAAAAGAUGAUGUGACCCUGACUGCUAAAGAUCCAUUGGAGGCAUGCCAGACAAAUUUAGAAGAGAUGGAUAGUGAAGGGUUAGCUGAGUGGGUCAUGGCACUUGAAGGCCAAGGAUUUUGGAAAAGGGAACCUCAGUUCGAGUCCCUUGAGUUAGAAAAAAAAGCUACACCUCCAGCAAAGCCAUCAGUAGAGAAACCACCCAAGCUGGAGCUGAAACCACUCCCAACUCACCUCAGGUACGUUUUCUUAGGCCCUGAUUCUACUUUGCCUGUCAUUAUAUCAUCCGGUUUGCUAGAUGUGCAGGUAGAACUGCUCUUACAGGUAGGAAUGACUGUUGUACAAAAGGAGAACAAUGAGUUGAUCUCAAUUCAUACAGUCACGGGAUGGCGGAUAUGCAAGGAUUACCGGAAAUUGAACACAGCCACCCGGAAGGACCACUUCCCCCUGCCAUUCAUUGACCAAAUGUUGGACAAGCUGACCGAGCGAUCGCACUUCUGUUUCUUGGAUGGAUAUUCGAGGUACAAUCUAUCAAUAGCCCCUGAAGAUAGAGAGAAAACAUCCUUCACUUGUCUGUAUGGCAUCUUCGCCUUUCGGAGAAUGCCUUUUGGGCUUUGCAAUGCACCGACGACAUUUCAAUGGUCAUACUUGAUUGGAUCGAAAGUUAUUGUUUACACUGACCAUGCAGCAAUUAGGUACCUGAUUGAAAAGAAGGAGUCAAAGCCACGCUUGAUUCGCUGGGUUCUUCUGUUACAAGAAUUCGAUCUGGAGAUACGUGACAGAAAAAGGACAGAGAACCAAGAUGCCCAUGCUUGGGUUAAAAACUGCGAUGAAUGCCAAAGGACUGACAACAUAUCUCGUAGACACGAGAUGCCAAUGACCACAAUUCAAGAGGUAGAGAUUUUUGACAUGUGGGGGAUUGACUUCAUAGGGCCAUUUGUCAGCUCGUAUGGUAACAAGUACAUAUUGGUAGCAAUUGACUACGUCUCCAAGUGGGUCGAAGCAGUGGCUCCCCCGACCAAUGAUGCUAAAGGGGUAAUAGAAUUUCUAAAGAAGAACAUUUUCACACGUUUUGGUACCCCAAGAGCUAUACUCAGUGAUGGCGGAACCCAUUUCUGCAAUAGAGCAUUUGCACGACUGUUGGAAAAAUAUGGAGUUUGUCAUAAAGUGACCACCCCGUACCACCUACAAUCGAACGAGCAAGUUGAAGUGUCCAACAGGGAGAUUAAAAGUGUCCUUACAAAAAUAGUGAAUGCAACAAGGACUGACUAG